AUGCGACGGACGAUUCGCUUCGUCCGUCUCCAAAGUGUGGUGCGUUUUUUAGAUUUGGUCGCGGGGUCGUCCAUGGCUGCCACCGCCAUGCUUGCGUCGCUGUCACCGGUAUCCGGUUCCAGUUCUGCCUGGCCGGAACUCGCCGCGGGAACAGUUGGCAGUUCUGGCACGGUCUCUCCUCGUCUUGUCCGGUCAUCUGAUGGCAGCGGGACUUCCGGAGCCUCGAUAACGUUGCCCGGGAUGAGCACAAGGGGCAGUCGACGGACACUGACGGGCCAGUGCGGUGUGGUGGCAGCGGAAUUUUCCGGUAAACAGGCGCAGCAGGCUGCAGGUCGACCAGAUCGAGGCCCAUCGACUCGGAUUCAGACGGCUUACGGCUGUUCCGUCCUUGAGGUGUCGUCUGCUUCAGCAUAUUUUGGUCCUAGGCAGAGUCCGGUGACGUUUGCUGGCGUGGACUGCAGGUGGCUAAUCGCGGAUGGUCCGGUCACAUUUGGCUCGGACUGGUGUCGGCAGCUAAUCGAGGAUGGUUACCGACUAAACUGCAACAGCGUCCGUUCAGGAACGUGGAAACUUGCCGUGCGUAAUUCGGCAAAUACUCUUUGCAUCACUUCCGUCUCGGUCGACUGCGAGUUAACGGAUUGGUUUUCUGAGCAAUUAAUCAUGAUCAUACGAGAAUAUAAUAUUAUAUAG